GCUUCGCAUCGUAGAUUGCAUGAGGUCGUGGGUUCAAAUCCCACAGAGUCCACAUUUUUGAUCAUUUCUUCCUCUUUUUUUGGACUUGGGAGAGCCACCAUAUAAUUGCCGGCUUCGGUCUCCCCUUUUUUUCCCUCCUCUCUGCUUUUUUGUCCGGCUGGCUCAUGCAACGACGAUCGGGCCUCAGCAAAGGUCUGGCCCGUAUCUCUCUUCCAUCCCAGCACCGUCUCUCUGGCAUGGGUGCGGUCGACCCGUCGUUGCGCCCUCGGUGGCAGCACCGCGCUUUCGGCGUCCCCAAUCGCAUAUGGGUCAUCCUCCUCCUCGUCGCAUUCCUCGCAUCCCUCACUCGCGUACUCCCCUCCUACCAUCAACCAAAUACUCAGGUCUCCACCGUCGGUCUGUUACCCAAAAACUACUUACGCGAGACGUCUAUCUUUUCCGUCAACGCUUCUGAAUUAGACGCCAAUACCGCGGGCAGCUACCCUUUCGACUUUUGUCCCGUCUUCGGCCCCAAUGACGACUUGGCGCAGAGGUAUGGCGCUUUGGCUCUUACUCAGAGCCGGUUGCACGUUGGCAGCGGAGGAAGAAUACACCGUGUGCUCCACAAGGCCUUUCUUGGCCGGCCAAUUACGAUAAGUGUCUUAGGUGGAUCAGUUUCUGCUUGUCAUGGCGCCGGCGACGAUCCGUUAUCUUCGCAGUGCUAUCCUUCCAUGUUCUUCCAGUGGUGGCUAAACGUAUUCCCUCACCCCGCGUCCGAGCUCACCAAUGGAGCCAUGCGGCGGACAGACUCCGGCUACUUUGGCUUCUGCAGUGCUCAUCAUGUCCCAGAGCAUACCGAUCUUGUGAUAUUGGAGUUCGAUGCGGACGACAAGGGUGAUCAGUACAGCAUGGAAAACUUCGAACUGCUUGUUCGUUCCCUGUUGGACCGUCCAGAUCAACCCGCCGUCCUCGUCCUGGGCCACUUUAGCCCACAAGUUCACGACGAAUACGGUUUUGCCGGACCAGAGCAUUGGCAUAACAUCGUAGCACAGUUCUACGACGUGCCUCAUAUAAGCACGAAGCCUAUCCUCUAUCCCUCUUACAUGGACGAUCCAGAUUAUAUCAAACCGUACUACGCUGACCCAAUUCUAGCUAACUCCCAAGGACAUCGAGUUCUUGCAGACGUACUCGUUUCGUUCCUCCAAUCCCAGAUCUGUAGCGUGUGGUCAGCAGUGGCUGGCCGAUCCUUCGACUCCAUUCCAAUCCUGAUCUCAUCUGAUCCUGGCGGAAUAGGUGCAGAGCCCCACCUUUUCGGUGGCGCUGGGGCACGGAUGGGCGCCGCGCCCCCUGAGAUUGGUGGUGAGAUUGACGAAGCCAAGAAGACCCCGCGCCCUCCCCCCUCCGUUCCAAUAUAUCCUGAAUUAACCAUUCCGCCUGUACGGAUCAACACGCGAGCGCGGUCGGCUGCUCAUUUCGAGGAGCCUGCACCGUACUGUGUGUCAGCGAAUGACCUUGUGAAUCCCGUUCCACCUUCGUUGUUCUAUGGUUCGGGUUGGGAAGUUGCCCACCCUCCGCCUGGCGUAUCGCCGUUGUUGACGGCGGCGUAUUACUGGCACAGUACGACGGCCCUGAGUAGGUUACGGGUGCCUAUCCGAGUUGGGGCAGGCGAUGUGGGCAUAUAUUAUUUAAAGGAACCAAUCAGGGAUAUCGGGGAGGGAAGUCAGCUGGAGUGUUGGGUGGAUGAUAACUUCGGAGGGGCUGUCACUAUCGAAAACUCGGGUGACAUUUCAAGUCCGAUCCCAGCACUCGAAAUGAUCGACCAAAUGGUCUCUCGUGGGUCUCACUAUGUCGAGUGUCUGCUUAUAGGAGACCCGGGACAGACUAUUCCUUCAUUCAAGGUCCUAGGCGUUUUCUCGACGUGACCCCUCUUGCAUUCGGUUUUGUCUUGUGGAAAUGAGAGUUAUGCUGAAUACCUUUGACGCUUUGAAUAGACAUUUGCAUAUCUUGUUCGCGCACUAGGAUGUAGCUUUCGAUGGACUACAGGUAUCAUAGUAAAAGCACUGCCACCGCUGGAUCGUGGGA